UAUCCUGUUUUAGAACACUUAGAAAAUGGUCUCAGAGGAAGAGUUUUUGAAAUCGUACCCACAGAUUGCACCACCGGGUUCUCUACCGGGCCACCCAGGUUACCUCAACGAUGAACAGCAAAAGAAGUUGCUCGACUUUAGAGAGCAAUUGAAGGCGAAAGGUUAUGAAAAACGUUUGGAUGAUGCCACUUUGUUGCGUUUCCUUAGAGCUAGAAAGUUUGACAUUGCCCUUGCCUUGAAGAUGUAUGAGGAGCAUGAGAAGUGGAGAAAAGAGUUUGGUACCGACACCAUCCUGGAGGAUUUCCACUACGAAGAGAAGCCGAUCGUUGCCAAGUACUAUCCACAGUACUACCACAAGACCGAUAAAGAAGGUCGUCCUGUGUAUAUCGAGGAGUUGGGCUCCGUCAACUUGACUGAGAUGUACAAGAUCACCACCCAGGAGCGUAUGCUGAAGAACUUGGUUUGGGAAUACGAGUCAUUCACUAGAUUCAGACUUCCUGCUUGUUCUAGAAAGGAGGAUUACUUGGUUGAAACGUCAUGUACCAUCAUGGACUUGAAGGGAAUUUCAAUCUCAGCAGCUGCCCAGGUGUUAUCCUACGUGAGAGAGGCUUCAUACAUUGGUCAGAACCAUUACCCAGAACGUAUGGGUAAGUUCUACUUGAUCAAUGCUCCAUUUGGUUUCUCCACUGCCUUCCGUCUGUUCAAGCCUUUCUUGGACCCUGUCACUGUUUCAAAGAUCUUUAUCUUAGGCUCAAGUUAUAAGACCGAGUUGCUCAAACAAAUCCCUGCAGAGAAUUUGCCAAAGAAAUUUGGUGGGUUGUCCGAAGUAUCUGAAGCUGAAGGUGGAUUGUACUUGUCCGAUAUCGGCCCAUGGAGACAAGAGGAGUACAUUGGUCCAGAAGGUGAAGCUCCAAAGGCUUUCUCCCUCUAAAUCUGACUACACAUCGUUUCCUGCUGUUGGUUUAUAACUUGAAAUAAAAGUCAGAGCCGGUAUAUACCAGAGGUGCAUACAACACCCUCUUGCCUCUUUUUACUGUUUUGUUUCGUGUUUCUCUGUCUUGGUCAUAAUUUAAGGAUUAGCUUAUACAACUGAAUCGUACAGGAUUAUCAGUAUUACAAGAAUAGUCUCAAUACAUGUUUUGGUUGACGUUAACACCGCGUUGUCUCUGUUUCUGAUGUUGCUGGCGCUGCUGCUGAUGUUGCUGCUGCAGUUACGGAGGAAAAAC